AUGAGUCAAGUCGAAGCAGUAGAAGAAGUGUCUGGCGAUACCUCUGAGAAGUUACUGGUAGAAAAAUUGAGGCGCUACGGGAAACGAUUCGAAUUAUGUUAUUAUAUGCUAAGUGAUUUCAGAUUCGAUCGGCUUCAUCGAGAAAUAGUGAGUCCGGCAAUUCUCAAAGCCGUUCUAAAUAUAUAUGAGGUGAUUCCUAAUGAUCCAAACUUGAAUGCUCGUCUCUACAAAGCUGUAACUAACAUAAUGAAAAAAUUGGAUGUGGAUGAUUUAACAUUUGAACUUGGCCAACAAGUAAUGCAAUAUACACUGAGUUAUAGACUUCGAUUUAAAAGUGAUGAUCGGCUUCUACGUUUGCUGAUUAGUAGAUUUGGAAUAAUCCCAGAUGGAACCUACUUAAAUAUUCAAUCGGAUUCUUCGUAUAUAUUAUUCUUGAUAACAUACAUCGAAGAAAGCAGCGCGAAUGCUGAGGAGGAUCACUUCAUCAGUAUGCUCUAUGGUCCCACCGGAAGAUUUCCAUUAAAUCCCAAAGUAAUUUGGUUACUGUAUGAGAGUCUUGAGGGAAGUGAAAAUGCUCGCGCACUAUUCCGGAUAAUGGAUGCUCUGAGCAUAUUAGGAAGAGUUGAGCGAGUAAGUUUACCUCAUUUACAUAAGUACUACUUUUCACUUAUAAUAGUAUUAAUUAGUCUAAGGGAAUUAGUUAAUUGGUGCCUUGAGUGA